AUGAAGCUGAUCCUGUUCUCUACGUGUGCCCUUUUGGCCGUCUGGUUGCAGCCGAUACAUGCAUCGAAUGACACACUGGCUGACGAGCUCGAGAAGUUGGCAGAAAGGGGCCCACUGUUGGUGGAUAACUACAUUCCCGUGACGAUGCAAAUUUUGCACCAUUGCAUCGAGAUGAUCCAGUACGAACCGCUGCUCACCACGCCCCAGGGUGGACCGGAAGAGAAACCCACAACGACCACAAGACGUCCGACGACAACCGCAUCAAGUAUGGCUCCUACAACAACGUCCAGUCCGGUCACCACGGCAAUGUCCUCAAGCACCAAACCCCCAGAAGACAGUCCCGUCGUAACGACCCAACCAACAGCAGACACAACGUCCAUGCAUCCUACGAGUCCACACAAACCGGGCUACUUUGGUCCAGCGAAACCCCCACCAACGGUCGUUACAACGACGGUUCGAACGACAACGGCCAGUGCAGUGACCGAAUCUACGGAACCACCGAAAACAACCGAGACGUCCACCACCGAGAGCUUGCUGUGGAGUGACAAACCCUUCGCAGAGUGGUUCCUGCAAGGCAAACGGAAAAAGGCACAACACAGUGCUCCACUGAAUGUGCAGCUGUUGGAUCCACUACCGGCGAAGGUGCUGCAGGACUUCAACCGAGAGCCGUACGAACCGCUAGCCCUCAGACCGGAGGAUAACGCCAACGAGUUUCGCCGUCUGUACGACGAUCAGUACCGGGGAGCCGUGACGAUAGUCGUGCUCGAGAAGGGCACCAAGAAAGGUGGCAAAAAGCGGGUUCCACCGACGAAACCGUACCUCCACAUGCUCGUGUUGUAUGAUCUUCUCAAGCGGGAAGCGAAAAAGUUCAUGUACAACGUGUACGAGGGCUACUCGGAAGCGAUUAUCGACGAGCUGAUGCAGAUGAAUUUCUCCACCGCCAGAGAGCAACUGCGGUACUCGUUGACGCAGCUACUUGAACGCAAGGACAUCGAAAAGUCGGACGUAGUUUCCCGAACGAAGCAAAUGAUUGCCGAUCUGGAUACGCGUAACAGCGUCUUGACGAUGGUGUUGGAGGUCGUGCCGCCAUUGCGUUUUGGAUUGUGAUAUAGCCAGCUUAAAAAACUCGCGUUUACUUACGAAGGAACAAAAAAUGUAAUACAAAUAAUAUAUUUA